CGUGAAGCUUAUGACGUCUAACAACUUACGACGGAGAACGUUUAUUUUAGAACGUUGUUUUGUUAUUUAGUGAAGUGAAACAUUGGAGGGGGUUGGUUGUUAAAGGUGGUUGUUGCCCAAAGGAAACCACAAUAUAUAUAUAAAAAACCAAACUAAAAAAACAACAAAACGCAAUUUAACUGCUCAAAUAUUAAGUUAUUUUAAUAAAAACAUUUAAACAUUUAAUUACUGUGUUUUUGUGUGUUUAUUUGUGUAAUUGUAACAUAAUUUCAUAAUGGCCGAUUCCGGUGGCAGGCAAUAUCAAAAAUUACCUCCCGGAUGGGAUUGCAAAUAUGACCAGACGACCGGAAAUUGUUAUUACAUAAAUUACAUAACCAAAGCGAUGCAACUUGAAGAUCCACGCUCUACACGUUAUCGCCCUUUACAAAAUGAACGUUGUUCCAAUGAAUCUAUAGCCAUGCAUUCUUUCCAUGGACCAGGCGGUUCGCCAUAUCAUGUCUAUCCAACUAAUAAUAUGCCAGCAAUGCGAGCCUUCCAAACACCAAAUUCUAGUCUUCACCAUAUGUCUACCAGUCCACUGUUGACAUCUUCCAGAACACAAUUGAUUAAUGAUAUGUCUCCAAUACCCGUACCCAAAUCCCAAUUUGCUCAAGCUCCUCGUACAGUCAAUAUGUCGAGACGAUCAACCAUACAGGAAACAUCUUUUACAAAUCAAAUUGAUACCGAUGCGGUGGUUCAUAAAAUACAAAAUAUGUUUCCAACUGCAAGUGAAAAUCAUAUAAGAUUGCUACUCAAAAAAUAUUAUAAUCGUGAAGCUGUUGUUAUCAGUGCUUUACAAGUCGAAAAACAUCCAGUCACUAUGCCCGGGCCAUACGUUACACCACCAGCUCAACGUCAUUUAUUCCACAGCAACUCGGCCAUUCAUAUGACACCACCAUCACGUCGUUUUGAUACUGGUUCACAUUUACGUGGCCUUGAUUACACGUGCUAUUCGCGCACCGCCAGUCCAGUACCACCAGGUCGUCUUGGUAGUGUCAUUAGUAUAAAUAGUGGUGGCCAUGGUAUUAUGGGCCAUAUGGCUGUGCCACCAUAUCAGGCCUCGCCACGUUUUGGUGAUCAAAUGCGUUGCUCACCGAAACCGCAUUCGUCGCCAAAAAUGAAAUUGAGAUAUAUGAAAACCAUAUUCCCUAAAGCCGAUGAAACUUUAUUACUGGAUGUUUUAGCCAAUUCCGAUAAUAAUGUACAAAAGGCUUCCGAAAAAUUGCUUACAUUAGGUUAUAUUAAAAAAGAUUUUGCACCUCCACCAAAACUUACCAAUCGACCACAAAAUGAAAUGAACGGUGGCGUGAAGCCAACAGUAGAAGAUGAAAUUAAAAUUAUACCUUUACGACCCAAAGAGUAUACGGAGGAAGAAAAAGAGGCCAUCAAUCUUAAACUUAAAGAAAAAUAUCCUCAAAUAGUUGAUCAUAUAUUGGUAAUGGCUUUGGAAUCGGUUAACUAUGCUGAAGAUCGUGCUAUGCAAAUUUUACAAAUAGUUAAGGAGGAGGAAGAACAACAAAAACAAAAGACUCCAAAGCUAACGCAUACAACAAUUGUGGAUUAUAAACAAGACGAACUUGAUGGCUUAGGCCCAAUAUCGGGUCGUGUUAGUAGCAAACCCUUAACCUCAAUCUUAAAAUCAACCGAUGCCAAUUUACGCAAAGAAAUUAUAAGCAACCCAGUAAACCCAGAAUUUAAAGACGAUAAAACGGAUACAACGACUAGUAAUAAUAAUAAUAACGAUAACGAAAUCAUAAUACCAUCUGUAAGCUCAAUUUUGAAACUCUCAUCGGUUACCAUGUCCACAAAAAGUAUUUUAGAUCGUUAUCGUACAAACAAUAAAAUAAGCGCUAAUGAUUUUAUACGUGGAACUUAUCCAGUAACAGCUAUACUUUGGGAUAAACUAUCCCUACAUUCUCGAGAUAAAUCCGAUACGUUAAAGCACUCCCAUAGAGAUCAAACAGAUGCCGCUACAGACAAACUAUGUAAGGAUUUCAAAUCUUUAAUGGGUCGCAUACAGACAAAUGGUCCCAAUGCCAGUUUAGCAAAAGGAGCAAAUGAAGGUUUAUUGUUGGCUGAUUAUGUCACUUGGAAUGGUGCAAAUCCUGACUUUUGUCAAGGUCAAAGAAAUCUAGCAAAUGGUGCCGAUUCUAACAUGCGCUCGGAACGUGCUUAUAAAGCCUUUGGUCAUAAUGCAGAUUUAUGUAAAGGACCUCAAUCGAGUUUGGCCAAGGGCAGUAUUUAUACACAACAAAAUACGGCUAAUGCCAAUAAAUCAAUCGAUAUUAUAUGCAAUUAGUUUUUUUUAAUUGUAACAUAAACGAAUUUAUGUAAAAUUUUUCUCAAAAAAAAAAAAAUUAUGAAAAAAAAAGUUUAAAGAGUUUGUGCCAAAAAUAUCAAUACUUUAGCUUCUUACUUAUAAAUUCCGUCUUAUUAUUAAAUAAUAUUAAAUA